AAUUGACAAUCCAUAAGAAACGGUAUGCUCGGUUGUUUUCGACCGCACGAUACAUGUAUAGUGCCGGAGAUUGUCGAAGUUUAAUAUAUAAUAUAAACUUAUCUAUUGGACGUAGAAUGAACCAGAACAGUUAGAGUGUUAAACAUCUAUAGUGUUUUAUUGUUCUAUCUGGAUAUCAGGUGGUGUUGACAUAUAAUUUGGCAUAAUAAUACAACAAGAAAAUAUAUAUUGUCGAUAAUAUCAUUUUGUUAUGUAAAAUAUAUUUAAAGUAUAUAUUAAACAUACACACGCUGGUUUUCAAAUCGAAAGUAGAAACCUGUUUAAACACAAUUUCAAAAUGGCUUCUAGAAUAUUUCGGGGUUCAAACAAAGACAAUGCAGGUGACUUCAUUGGCGAAAGUACUGUGACACAAUCAUGUGAGCCUUGUAUUAAAACCAACAUAUUAAAAACUGCUACGGUUUUCUGCAAGGAUUGUGAUGAGUUCUUGUGUGAUACUUGCAAGAAUCCGCACACCGUGUAUAAACCAGGUCAGCAUAACAUUGUUAAUGUACCGGAAAAUAAAUCUGCGCCCGUAAUACUCGACAUGAAAGGAUUUGACAAGUGUCAUGAGCAUGCACGAGAAAUAGAGUUUUUCUGUCAGGAUCAUUCUAAGCUUUGCUGUCUUUCAUGUGCUCUCAUUCACCGGAAAUGUGACCAAUUGGAUGAAAUAGCCAAAGUAUCAACACAAAUACGACCCGACCUGCAAGGAAUAAAACAAUCAUUGAUAAAAUUGCAAUCCGAAGCAGACGCUAUUUUAGCGGAUUGUAAGCAGUCGGAGACUGGCUUAAAUGAGUCUAUUGCAAAGAUUUCUUCAGAGGUGGAUACAAUGAAAGAUCGUAUCAUACAACUGUUUGAAGGAGCAAAGCAAAAAUUAAUAAGUGAGGCAAAACAAUUUAAAACUGCAGAGGUCAAACGGAUUGGAAAUAAACGUGACGCCUCGCUCAAAGUUAAGGAAGUACUAAACAAUGUAUUGUCGAUGUGCUGUGUCGUUUUAGACCGCGGAACGCCCAGUCAACAGUAUAUUUAUUCAGAACAAAUGAAGGAGGAACAAAAAACUAUCGAAGCAACUAUAGAUGACCAAAGAAAGAUUAAAUGUUCAACAACAAUGACAGUGUCUUUUUCAAAACAGGUUACUUCACUCCUUGAGAUGGGAAGCAAUUCUAUAAAACUGAAUUAUGAUGACAACAAGACAGUGGAUACCAGUCCCAUCAGCUUAUCAUCCCAACCAAUUCCAUUAACCCUGAAGCGGCUCCUGUCCGUGGAUCUACUAAAUACUGGAGAUGAUGAGAAGGAUCCUUUCCUCACUGGACUCGACUUCCUGUCGGACGGGAGACUGGUAGCCGUGGAUAACAGGAACAAGAAAUGUAUCAUACUGAACGAGCGACUAGAGAGACUUGGAACACCGUACAAGUUCAAGAAUAGCCCACAAUGCGUAGUAUGUGUGUCUCAUGAUACACUGUGUGUAACGUUUGGUGGUUAUAAAGUAGUAUGUCUCCUGUCUGUGAGUACAGACAAUACCAUCACACUGACCAAGCAGAUCAAUACAACAUCAAAGUUCGACUGUAUAUGCUGCAUGUCUCCAUCUAACAUGGUCGUGAGUACGUACGAUGAUCCCCGUCCUAUGAGAAUGAUAUCAGUGGACGGGGUAGAGUCAGAUUUUGAUCACUCCCUGACGUUUCCAAAGAAGACUUACAAAGCUGAUGAGAGUAUGUGCACGUAUGUCCAGUCUAAGAACACGUUAGUACUGACUGACCAACUCGCUCACACACUGUACAUGUACGACACCGUGAAUGGCACAUCUAGAGCAGUCACUAAUGAGAACAUACAGGAACCUCGUGGUGCCUGUGUAGGACCUGGUGACACGGUGCUGGUGUGCAGUAAGAAUAAGAACUCCAUCGUGCACCUGACUAUUGCCGGUAAAAUACUAGGUACAUACCCAGUGGAUAUGAAGUACCCGUAUAGCAUACGUCUGUCUAAGGACGGCACCAGGAUGGCUGUGUCCAACUCCGCUAAAGGCGUCCAGAAACUUCAUUUGUAUAAGAUAUCACCGGCAAAGAGUUAGCUGACUACAUGUAGUAAGAUGUAAAUGCUAUCCAUGUGAUCAGGCUUUCUUCACAAUUAUAACAUACUGACUUUCGUGUAUUGGAGUUGUUGAAUCAACUCCGAAUACUAUUCCAAUAGAUUAAAAUUGAAGAGUGUUGUGAUGCGGUUUUAUCGUUGAAGAAUUGCGAACUACCUAUGUACUUUGCAUUUGUUAUAAUGUAAAAUGUGUCCUUAUACUUAACUUCAAGAAAUGCUAUUUUGUAUAUUUAAGACAUUAAAAUAUAUUGUACAUGUAAUUCUAUUUAAAUUUGCAUUUGAUGCAACCGGUGUGUACGGUAGUUAGGCGCGUUAAAUAUUUCUAUAUGUAUGUUAAUUUGUGGCAAUUUACUAUGCAUAUGUUUUCUUAAUACCAUGAAAGAAAUUGUUCGUGCAUUCAAAAUAAUGCUUGUUUUUUGUUUAGCGUACAUUAGCCACACGUUCUAUAAUCAUCAACAAAAGUCGACAGAAUUCCCAGCGUGUCACGUCUGCCAGUCAAUUCUCAAUUAGAAGCCUUGUAUCGCUCUAAAGCCGUUAAUUUCAGUUGUUGUUGUGUUAUUUGAAAUACAUUUGCAAUACGAUAAUAUCAAAUUAAUUAUAGUAUAUUUGCUUAAUCUUCGCUUUGUUAUUACUUUAUUUUAAAAUAAACCAAUACUUUUGCAUUUUGUAACAUUUUAUGUAUUCGCAAAGUUCAAGGACCGAGACAACACACGCUUUUUUAUUUAAAACCUUCUAAUAUUUAACUUUCUGAUCAGACACAUAUCCAAUACACGCGCGGAGAAUGAUUAAACGAUAAUGUUUUUAUUGUUUUAUUCAGUAAGAAAAUAUAUUGUAUACAUACAUGUAUUUCAUUUGCAAACAAUGGUUUAACAAAUUAUUCGGCAAUAUGCCUUAUAUCUUUAGUAUGUGAUUUUAUAAGAUAAGAAAAGAAUAUAUGAAAUGAUAAACUUAUAUAAAGAGAGUAGUAUAUUUAAGUAUAUAUUAAACGAGAAUUUAAUUAAGGUAUUCAACGCAUAAUGCUCAAUGUUUAGACCGUUACAAAUUAUAAUAUUUUCUUGCAGGGCAUUCAUAUUUAUAUUCAUUCGCAAAAUGUUAGGAAUUUUUACCGUUUUGUAGUUCAGAGAUAACAUGUUAAUUACCAUAGCCCCUGUGUUGCUACAAGCUCGAAAAUCUAAAGAUGCCCACACUUUUAUUGGACAAAUACUUUAUUAAUAUGUGAUAAACUGAUUAUACAUUUACAUUUCUGAAUGGGAACUUAUAUAAUGAAACUAUUGACAAUUUUUAUCAAUUAAUUUAUAUAGAAUUUAUAUGUACAAAUAUUGCUAAUAAUAUAUAAUUUGAUGUGAAUUUUCCCGUUUUUGUAUUUGAAAGCCAUAAACAUAAUAAAAUAAA